AUGGAUUGGACCCACGAUCUAGUCCGUCACGCCUCGCUCAAUCCCCCGCGCUCAGAGGAUCAUCGAUCUCGCGAAACAUCAGCAUACUCGUCUCCUAUCUCGGCCUCGGGGUCCCAGGGAGGAAUUUCCCCUAUUGGGUUGGGGAUCUCCAGCUGCGAACUUGAGAAUGAUUUCAACCAACUGAGGGUCUUCCCUCCCACGCCUACACUGUCAUCCCAAUCAAUUCCUGAGGCGCCCACUCCCACUUUUGCAUUACCCUACAACGAUUACUCCAGCGCACCAUGCUAUCCAGCAGUUUACGGUGGACUCCCCAACAGUCUCUCAGAGCCUUCACUUGGGCUCUAUUGCCCCACAAUGAUUAGCGCAUCCCCCAGUUACAACCCUGCUAUGGAGGUUGGCCCGGGCCAAAAUGCUUUUCCAAGACAAAUGGCCGACAUUUGGAUGCACACACCGUGUUCGGGACUGACAACACCAUCGGAUCUUGGUUCGGUCCCGACUGUGACCGGGGCAGCAGGACAUUGGGACCAAAGUAUAUUUCCAGAUGCUUCCAUCCCCGCCAUGCCUCUAUUAUCAGCCAAUGAUAUCCCCUACAUAGGAGCCAUGGGAGCUAUGGGAGCCAUGGGAGCCAUGGGAAGAGAGAUCGGAUACGACAGUCCUCCUGGACAGCACAUCAACACCGGGCAAGUCAUGGCUCAGCCUCACAGCUCUGCCGGUGAAGAGACGACCGAGAAGCUCAGAAAGUCCAGCAGGAAAAAACGCUGUGCUUCGGCGGACAAGUUGAUAUCUGCCAGUGGCUUAGAAUGCCCUGUUUGUGGCGCGGAGUUUACCAGACGGUCCAACUGCAAAGAGCACCAAAAGUUGCACAAUCCCGAAUGGAAGAACAACUAUCGAUGCAGUGACUGCCCCAAGACAUUUGGGAGAAGUUCUGAUCUCAAGAGGCACAGGAACACAGUGAGCAAACUGACCGACAAAAAGCCUCAGAGCAGAUACUAA